CGGCGGCACCACUCCCUCCCGCUUCCCAUCCCACUGUCACUGUCAUAUAAGUUCAAGUUAGUGCUGCGUCAUUUAUUUCAUUAUUUUAUAACUUUUGAAGUUGUCCACAGUAAAUUUACUCAGAUUUCAGAUAAGACAUGGCACCGAAAUACAAGUUGUCUUACUUUAAUGUGAAAGCUCUUGGAGAGCCUAUCAGGAUGAUGCUUUCAUAUAUGGGCGAGGAAUUUGAAGAUCACCGAUUUGAAUCUGAUGAAUGGGUUAAAAUCAAGCCAACCACUCCAUUCGGCAAGUCUCCUGUGUUGUACGUGGACGGCAACCAGUUGUGUCAAUCUCGAUCCAUCACUCGCUAUCUCGGCCGCAAGGCUGGUCUAGCUGGCAAAGACGAAUGGGAAGAUCUCCAGAUAGACAUGAUUGUUGAUGUGAUCGAUGACUUCAGAGCUGAACUGGCAAAGUAUGAGUAUGAGAAGGAUGCACAAAGGAAGGCAGCUGUGAAAGGACCUCUGUUCUCUGAAAUCGCUCCAUUCUACUUGAAGAAGAUCGAUGCAGUCAUCAAGAAUAACAACGGUUUCUUGGCCAAUGGAAAAUUGUCUUGGGCUGACGUAUAUUUCUUGGGAAUCAGCGACUACCUGAGCCAUAUGUAUGAAUCGGACAUAGCUGCCGACUAUCCCAACAUCAAGGCUCUCCUUGUCAAUGUUUCCUCGCUACCAAAGAUCAAGGCUUGGAUCGACAAGAGACCUGCCACUGAUUUGUAAGCUGUUCUUCCACGACUAUUAGGGUCCACAGAUUGUCUUCCCUCAAAAUUAUAUUUUGAUGUACGUAAAAGUUUAUUAAAUUUUGUUUUCAUUA